ACACAUACACACACACAGGCACUAUGCCGGAGUGGUUGAAGCCGCGAUGGGAGUUAACACAUCCAAGUUUGUAGAGUUCCUGUUUCCAGCGUCGUUGCACUAAACAAAGACUCUGGCUCUCUUCUGGCUUUUUCUCCAUCCGAGGGGCUUGUCUGCAUUUUUUCUGCCGAGGCGUCUCUCUCUCACAGGAUGUUGAUGAUACUGGAAAGCCGGGGUGAGAUCCUAAAGUCACUUCUCCUCUGACGAGAACCACCUCCUCUCCUCCUCCUCCACCACCACACAAAGGGAAACACGGAGCAAGUACUUUCCCCAACGCGCCAUCCUUUUUUCUUUUCGAUAUUCUUGUUGUUGUUAGUGUUAUUUUGAAUGUCACUCAGAAGCAGAGGGGGCUGUUUCAAAGACACGAUGGAUCACUUUGCUGCAGAGUGCCUUGUUUCCAUGUCCAGCCGUGCAAUCGUUCACGCUCCUAAAGGGAAUAGGGAGAUGAAACCAGAGAGCCCGUCCUCCUCCUCCUCCUCCUCCUCCAGGAGCGGAGAGGAGGUGAAGGAGCCCCUGGUGAGAGACAACUCCUCUCUGUUCGUGGUGGCGAGGAUCCUGGCGGAUUUUAACCAGCAGCAGACUCCCGGCAAUGUUGCCGAGCAGGCAAAAAUAAAGGACGAGAGCAUGCCGAAGCUGCUGGAUGAGGAGGAUGGUGAUGAUGGUGGUGAUGGAAACUCUGCCACACCUACCACCAUCUCCGAUCCUUCGCUCAAACAAAGAGGCAAGAGAUCGAGAGGUCGAGCAGAGCAGGAGUCCCCCCAGAAAAAGCACAAAUGCUCCUAUUCAGGUUGUGAAAAAGUUUAUGGCAAAUCCUCCCACCUCAAAGCUCAUCUAAGGACACACACAGGAGAACGACCUUUCCCGUGUACCUGGCCAGACUGCAGUAAGAAGUUUGCUCGCUCCGACGAGCUGGCCCGUCAUUACCGCACCCACACGGGGGAGAAAAAGUUUGGAUGCCCACUCUGUGACAAGCGCUUCAUGCGCAGCGACCACCUGAUGAAGCACGCCCGGCGCCACUCAGAUUUCCAACCCGGCAUGCUGAAGCGGCCUCAUGGCGGCAGCGGCGGCAGCAGCAGCAGCAGCAUGCGCCCCAGCUCCCUCAGCGACUACAGCCGCUCAGAUGCCUCCAGCCCCACCCUUAGCCCCACCCUCAGCCCAGCCAACUCGCCUUAAACUGAAAACCAGUCGCACUUUCCGCCUCUAACCUGCGAGGCCUGUGUUUUCAUCAUAACACUUGUGUUGCACAGUUGUCAGCAACCCCCCCCCCCCCUUUGCUAUUCCUGCGCUUGCUGUGGUGUACCAUACUGUACAUAACUGCUUAUUGUAGUGCAAUUACUUGUGUGAUCCUAAAAGAAGGUAAUGCCUUUCCCAGAUGGCAAUAUUUACAUUCUGUACCAUAUGUCUGUAUUUUUUUAGCUUCUAAUGAUGGCUAGUUGUCCAAUAUACGUUCGCAGUCAGCUAAACAAAAACACGCCCUGACAAGUCUUAUCAUGUUUGAUUUUUUUUGUUUUUUAAACCGGUGAGGAGAAGGGGUUUACACACACCUCAGGAUCGAAGACAGUUACUUUUUCUGGAAUACCACAGUACUGAACAGUACUCACAUUGACUGCACAAUAUACUCAUCACUUUACUCUGAAAUUCAACAGGGGUUGGAUUUUACGCCCUGCUCAGGGAUGGCCUUGUUAGCUUGAAAGAAUGAACACAGUAAAGAGAAUCAUACAGUACAUAUAUUGCAGCCUUACACUCAACACAAUUUGCACUCUAUGGUUUUAUUUUUGUUUUUUUCUUCUGUCGGUUUUCACAUCCAAGGAAACUAGCCCUAUGGUCAUACGGUCAAUCAUACACAAAGCUCAUGCUCUGGACUCACGUGUGUUCUGGGGAUUCAUAAUUGAUGUAAAUGCCGUGUAUUAAGAAAUCAAUAUCUCCAUACCCUCACCUCAGUAAACACAUCUCUCCUCAGUCAGUUGGCGUAACACUGGGUUAAACAUGUUUUUAGCGUGCAGCCUGUACUGUGUAAAUCUGCACAGUGGGAGGCCUGGGAUUAUAGUGAGUGAACAAUUUUUAUACAUGCACUCAGUUGAAGAAACCUUUAAAUAGACACAGUUAAGUUUCAAAGCAGCUGUUCAUACGUCUUUUUCAAGCAAAAGUGCUGUAUCAUCAGCCAGCAUUUCACACAAAAUGGACACAGAGGGAUUGUGGUUGAAACAAUAUUUAUCCCUCUCUCUCAAGCACAUAGGAAAAAGAACCAAAGACAAGAGUGAAAGAAAGCUUUCUGCUCGGUCUUGUGAGCCGCCCUUCAUCGAGGCUUGGGGCUGGUGGUUGGCAGUAUCACAGGUAGAACCAGACAGCCUGCUCACUUCCCUCCUCCUGGCUCUGACUUUUGAGCUCUAUCCCACAAGAAGCUAUUCACAACCCGCUGGAGGAGUUGAUCAUGCCAUUUUUCAGGGAGUCCCUCCUUAACUCAUCUGGCUCUACCUGUCCUGCCAGGGAGCGGAGAGGCUGCACGCCUGCCAAAUUGCAUAAGUGCGCCUGAGUAGGAGGUCAAAUGUAGGCCGGGGUGUUGGGCCGAGCCGGAUUGGGCUGCAACACAGUGGAGCGCAGACGGAACAAAGCAGCUAUCUGCAGUAGGCAGACAAGAGAGGGCAGGUCCUGAUAAAAGAGGAGAGGUUUAUCAUGAGCUGAGCAGCACUGAGGAGGAGACACCCAGUUGCAGACAACCCCAUCUCCUCCUCCUCCUCCUGCGACUCCCUUCCUCCUCCAACUGUAAGAGAUGUGAGUGGAAAAAUGGCUGUAAUUAGUGGGUUGAUCCAACCUGUGAGAUAAGAGUAGAAAGAGAAGAAUAUGAACAACGGCGCUACCUAAACAAUGCCGGCAGUGUGGGUAGGUUGUAUCCAACUCCAUCCUAAGCACAGGUAGAAAUCCUCUGGUCCUCCUGAGGAGUCGGAUUUCACGAUGCCAAGAAAACGAUGCUCCAAAUUCCCACCAGUAAAACCGGAGCCGUCAAACAGCUGCUUUCAAACUUCUCUCUUUAGCAACAAGGGGGCUUUUAAACUGUUGAAAAAACAUCUGAACCAAAAUGAACAUAUCAGCAAAGUGCAGCGUUCGCCAGUCUCACGUUGUCCUGCCUGUGAAACUCAGAUGUCCCCGUGAGAAAGCUCACUUGUGUUUUCUAGACGGACAUGCCUCAAUAAGUCGGGCAAAAGGCACAGUAAACCUUCCAUGCAAACAGGCACCACUAUCAAAACGGCUGCAGCCCCGCCAGUCUGUGUUAUGCCUACAUUUACUUUUAAUGCUUCAGCACUAUGGUCGCAAAUAGUUUCAUGCAUGUAGUGUGGUCCGGACUGCAGUCAUGGUGAAUCCCGUGCGUUCGCUUCAUCUUCCCAUCUCAGCCCUCACCCCUGCGGUCCGCUGUGUGCAUGUUAACAACUUCGCCCUGAAAGCGUGGAGGGUCUUUUUUGAGGCGGUGUGGCAGGUGUAAGCUAAUGAAUGGUAGGCCUUGUCCCUCACUCGCCAUAGCGGCCAUCUCUCUUAAAAGUCGUAAAGAAUCAGCUCUGUCACAUCCUCCAGAAGGAAAAAAACAUCCCUUAUUUUGACCGACUGCAGUAGCUUACUCCAAAACACCACAUGUUAGAAAAAGAAAACUCUGUGAGAUGUUAAAUAAGGUUCCAGGCUGCAAGAUGACACUUUGAAUGCCACUAAUCAGUCGCUUCCUGUCAAGGAAGCACUGAGAGGGUUUUUACUUUUCACCAUUUCUCGAAACAAAACAAAAAUGACCUCGGAUUUUCACAAACAAUUUCUUCUAAUUGCUGUUGAGCAGCUUUUUGUGGUAUCUACCCAUGGCUUUUGUUUUAUUACAGUCAAUUUUUGACUUGAUUUGUAGUGUAACUUUCUCUUUGCGAAAAAAACAACAAACAAAAAAACGUCUGAGUGGCUCACCCUUAAGCAGGUUUCAUGAAUCACUUCUUAAUCCACACUCUGCACAUUUACCUCAGGGUCGACAUCCGCAGAGCAGACAGGGACAGUUUGUAGAUUUUGUCGUAACAUCCGUGGCUGCACAGAAAUGUCUCUGCCGGCCUCCCGCAGUGUCCCUGGGUUCUCAGUGCUCACUGCUGGUCAGUGUCCGACCACACUGGAAUCACAGGAACACCUCUUUACGGGUCCAGCUCCUGCCUGAUAUGUCUGCGUAACAUUCAACAGUCCUGCUAUAUGCCUCUUUAAGCACCGGGCAACGAUGAUGAAAUGCUCCUUUAAAGACCUUUGACUAUUAGCGCCGGUGGACGUGCUGUACAGUAUGCAACCCGAAGCUCAUACCAUGAGAAAACAAACUGACUGCGACAGUGUAGACAUCCAUCCAUCCAUCCACCUAUCCAUCCAUCCAUCCAUCCAUACUGCACCAGUGACAUACAGGCCUCCAUAGGCAGGGUGUCUCAUUGCUUUUAUUCUCACUGUACCAAAUCUACUUGAAUAACACAACACAAAAGGCCAUUGAACACAGUUUUGUACAUGUCCGUUUUUACUGUACUCGCAUAUGUUGUCAAAUUAUUCAUAACCUCUGCAGAAAGGUAUAUAGAAUAGUAUGUUCUUUUUUUGAUGAUUUUCUUUUGUGAUGAUUUUCCAUUGUCUUCAGGUCAUUUCAGCGAUUCCUCAAACUUUAUCACAGCAUUAAUGUUGACUGUUUUGUCGGGCUGUAACGGCAGCAUAUUUUCUUGAAUACAGAAACACAACUUAAACCCCAUUUAACUGGGGUUCACCCCUUUAACCAGAUACACUUACUACUCUGUUGAUGUCAGGGUGCAGGUCGUUCCAGUGAGCCUGUUAUCCAAAGUUCCUCCAUGUUGGAAACUGAAAGGGUCGUUGGGGGGAGUGAUUGGGGUCACGAUGAGAAACGGAAACUCCCUGACCUCUAUGAACGUUGAUUUCCCAUGUGGUGACUUUUUCCUUGAUUAUUUAGAUUCUUUUUUAAAGUUUUCCAUAAGAAUAGAGAGACCACAGCAUUGUGAGUUAGCAAUGUAGUCACGAUUUUUUAUUAUUAUUAUUAUUUUUUGUCUCAUGUAAGAAGUUUUAAGGUUGUAUGUUUUUCAAAAAUCAUACCUCUCGAAAUAUGUACCUUCAUAUCUUUUCAAAGCAUCCAUCAUGUAGCUUAUAUUUGCUUGAUGAGUAGCACAAUUAACUGGUGGUUUUAUUUGUCCCUACUUGAAUAAGAAAGGAAAGAUAGACUUCUUUUGUAAACAAAAAACAAACAACAACAAAAAACACUGGGCUACAUUUUAUAUAUUCAUCCCAUGUUGUCAGGGUCCUGCACAUCCUUGUAGAUUCAAUAAGUAAUCUUUCUGGGAAAAAGUAUAACUAUGGUUUUUUAAUUAUUUUUUUUAACAAAAAUAUUUAAACCAUCCCUUCCCUACUGAGCUCCACAACUUUGUCUCGAUCUGAAUAUUUACUGUGAUUGGGAUGAUGUCAACUGUAUUGGUAUGAAACUCAAUUUCAGCAUUUUGUUUUAAUCCAUCUUUAUGAUUGUAAUUGUAAUCCCAGUAAGAUAACAGAUUUCAGCGUCUGUCAAAAACAACUUUAAACGUCGACAAAGUGGAAAUGUGAGGUUUCUACAAAAUGUUAAUGGCGUUUUCUUCUAAAUGUAAAAAUAAAAUACAUUAAAAGAGAA